CCUAAACCUCAAGAACCACCUCUUGCCGGAUUUCGAUCUCAUACCAACGUACCUUCUCCGUUCAUUUUGGGACGGCAGGCUUGUUGUUACUAUGGAUAACAUCAUUCUUCCCGUCUUUCCGAAAUGGCUCCCAGACGUCAGGCAGCUCUUGCUGCUCAAGCCAACAUGGCCGCCGUUGCAGCCCACGAGGCCGACGAUGUCAUGCCAGUCAAGAUCCUCAAAGCAUCCAAGACCAAGCAGCUCAAGCCCAUCAAGAUCGAGAAGUCGUCCACUGUCAAGACCAGCGGCAAGGCCCCUGGCUCCAAGAAUCCACCCGACGACCUCAAGCCCUCGGGCAGUCCUGGAAUUCCCCUCGUCUGCCUUGUCUGCAUGAACGCCCCGCGCUUCUCCGACCUCUCCCAUCUUCUGACCCACCUCAGUUCCAAGGGCCACCUUCAGACUCACAACGAUGUGAGAAUCCGCGCCACUCAGGAUCUCGUCGCCGCGGAGAAAGUUGCCACCUACGAUAAGUGGUACAAGGACUAUGGCAUCGAGCGUAUGCUUGCAGAGCGCCUCAAGGCCAAGGAUGAGAAGGCGAGAGGUAUCCCGCGACCUGGACAGGGAGCUUCUCAGACACUCAAGAGAAAGAAGGCUCGUUCAACCCUAGUCAAGCGUGAGGCUGAUGACUCCAUGUUUACGCCUCCGCCCACCGGUCGACUUCUUGGCCAGCAGCAGGCCAUCACAUACUAUGGUGACAACGAUGAUCUGGCCUCGGCCUCGACUCCCACCGAUGAUGCCAUUGAGUGGGGUCCCGAUGACUUGGAGUCUGCUCGACUUAAGGGAACUGUCUGGCCGGGCAUGGGCAUCUUUGAUGCCGCCACCCCUGACCAGAAGAAGCAGCGCAACCAGCGCAAGGACGCCUCUGUACUCCGCAAGAUGGAGCUUUCGUCCCAGGCGAUCACCACCUUGGAGAUUGUGGCCAAUCUGGACUUGGAGUUCGAGAGAGCUCGUGAUGUCUAUGAUGCACCUUCCGUCGAGGGAAGUCCGGUUAGUCAAAACAUAUGCCAUCAAGUAGAGAAGUAAUCCACUGAUCAUUCAAAUCUCUCAAACAGGUCGCCAAGAAGUCUAAACGUCGUCAGAGACGUAGCGGUGCCGCAGAGGAGAAUGGCAAUGCCUCGGGAGUUGUCGUCAAGGAGGAGCUCGCUGACGAAGCCGCUCAUCGUGCAGCUUCUGCAUUGGCUAUGCAGUUCCAGAAUGGUCUCUAUAAGCAGGAAGAAGCCUCGGAGGUCGACAGCGAGUCUCUCCCAGAGAAGUUCGAUGUCACGAGCGACAUCGCUAGCACCGCUGAUGGUGACAGCGAUACUCUUGGCUACGCUGGUAUGGUCGAGCUUGAUGAAUCUCACAAGGAUGUGGAA